CCCCGCCCCCCUCUUCGGCCGGUGUGUCAUCCUGGGCCUCUCGUGUUCUCUCUCCCCGGAGCCCGUAGGCCGCAGACAUGGGGAUCCUGGAGAAGAUCUCGGAGAUCGAGAAGGAGAUCGCCAGAACCCAGAAAAACAAGGCCACUGAGUACCAUCUGGGGCUUCUGAAGGCGAAGCUCGCCAAGUACCGCGCUCAGCUCCUCGAGCCGUCCAAAUCCUCGGCCGGUAAAGGCGAGGGCUUCGAUGUUAUGAAAUCUGGAGAUGCCCGGGUGGCGCUGAUCGGGUUCCCCUCCGUGGGUAAGUCCACGUUCUUGAGUUUGAUGACCUCCACAGCCAGCGAAGCGGCUUCGUAUGAGUUCACCACUUUAACGUGUAUCCCCGGAGUGAUCGAGUAUAAAGGGGCAAAUAUCCAGCUGCUGGAUCUGCCGGGAAUCAUUGAAGGCGCCUCUCAGGGAAAGGGCAGAGGUCGUCAGGUGAUUGCCGUGGCCCGGACCUCUGAUGUGGUCAUAAUGAUGCUGGACGCCACCAAGGGAGAUGUCCAGAGGGCCCUACUGGAGAAGGAGCUGGAGUCCGUCGGCAUCCGCCUGAACCAAAUCAAACCCAACAUCUACUUCAAGCCCAAAAAGGGAGGUGGAAUCUCUUUUAACUCCACGGUGCCGCUGACCCAGUGCUCGGAGAAGCUGGUGCAGCUCAUCUUGCACGAAUACAAAAUCUUCAACGCAGAAGUGCUGUUUCGGGAAGAUUGCUCCCCGGACGAUUUCAUUGAUGUUAUUGUCGGAAACAGAGUCUACAUGAACUGCCUUUAUGUAUACAACAAAAUCGAUCAGAUCUCCAUGGAGGAAGUCGACCGGCUCGCCCGACAGCCUCACAGCGUGGUGAUCAGCUGCGGAAUGAAGCUAAACUUGGACUUCUUGCUGGAGAGGUUAUGGGAGUAUCUGGCCCUCACCUGUAUCUUCACCAAAAAGAGAGGCGAGAGACCUGAUUUCGGAGAUGCGAUUAUCCUGCGCAAAGGAGCAUCGGUGGAACACGUGUGUCACCGGAUUCACAGGACGCUGGCCAGCCAGUUUAAAUACGCCCUGGUUUGGGGCACGAGCACCAAAUACAGCCCCCAGCGAGUGGGUCUGACCCACAACAUGGAGCACGAAGACGUCAUUCAGAUCGUGAAGAAGUAAAGCGUUCGGACCCCGUGUCCCGCUGCCUUACGCCCGAGGAUUUGGCCACGUGAGGGUUAACCCUUUCCGUUUCGGGAGGGCUUAGGUAUCUUUCUGGAACCGAAGCUUCCACUCCGUAGGAAUGGCAUCAUUUACAGCUAUGCAGAAAGCGAACUCGGACUUGACUUGUUGUCCUGCGCUGGGGAACCAGCAUUGGAAAGAUUUCUCACGUAAUAAAUGGGAACAACUUGGUUGCACUCGACAGCAAA